GUAUUCUAGUUGUUGACUAGUUUGUUUUAUUCUCUGCAUAAAGCAACAUUUUGCUUUUAAUUCACAAACGUAAAACAUUGUGCUCUGAGUAAUUUUGACCGUUUCCUGUGGGUCACGGUUGUCUUGGUAACCUGUAUACAGCAGCAGGUAACGUCUGGAGACCAAACUCCUCUUCUGCUUUUCACAGUUUAUAAGUUUUACUUUGUAACCCUGUGCCAAAAAAACGGACCCAGCUAACCAGUUUUAAAGCCUAAAAGCCGGGCUCUUGCCGAAAUGUCCGUGCGGAGCAGUAACGUUGGAGCACGAAAGGCUUCUAAUGUUCAGAAACCACCUGGAGUGAAGUCAACUAAAGCUGCAAGUAAGGAAAAGGAUGAGGAAAAGACUGUGGAGAUCAGUGGUGGACACAUCAAAGGCCUUAUUAAGCCUCCAGAUCAACUGAAGCUCACUGAGGCUGAGCUGAAGGAGAAAAUCACAAGGGUCCUGACUACACAGAACCCACAUGCCCCUGAUAAUAUUGUCCGCUGGAUAUUCAAGGAUCGUUGUUUCAAGCCUUGUGUUGUGGAUCACAUGAUUCCUAUCUUUGAAUUGGAGGGCAACCUUGUGUAUAAAAACUCUGAUGAAGGUCGUAGACUAAUGCUCAAGCAGGGUCUUCAUGAAGAGGAUGCAGGACUUGACAUCGGAGCAGAAUCUGAUAAGGAGAGAACAGAAACCUCGACUACACUUGUAGAGGAUGGAGGGGAGGUGGAAGAAGCUGGAGAGGAGGACAGACCAGACAGCGCUGCCUCCAAAACUGACAAGAAAGAGCCAAAAAUUACUAACAUAUUCAAUUCUUGUGACAGGGCCACCCAGACUCUCGAUAAUCCUCCAAGGGAGAUAAACUGCCAGACUGAACCUCCUCCACGUAGCAGAUUCUCUGCCUCUGCUAAUCAGUGGGAGAUCUAUGAUGCGUAUGUGCAAGAGCUGCAGAAACAAGAAAAUAAAGAGAAGCAGAAAGCUGUACCAUCAGAAAAAGAUGAGAAAAGUCAUAAGAAGAUGAUGCUGAUGGAGACUCAGGAUGUUGACCUCAGUAAAAUGAGUAAGGCAGCCAAGACCUUGGAACGAAUGGUCAAUCAGAAUAUCUUUGAUGAGAUAGCGCAAGAUUUUGCAUACUAUGAGGAUCCCGCCGAUGAGUUGAAGUUCGCAAAUGGUACCCUCCUUCCCUUGUGGACGUUCAAAUAUGACCAAGCCAAAAAACUGUCUGUUACUGCCCUCUGCUGGAAUAACAAAUAUCCAGAUCUGUUUGGUGUGGGAAUGGGAUCAUACAGCCUCUGUAAACAGGGAAGCGGCAUGCUUCUCUUCUACACAUAUAAGAACUGUUCCUUCCCAGAGUACAUCUACCCCACCAGCUCUGGUGUCCUGUGCCUUGACAUCCACGAGCAGUGUACCUACCUGGUAGCUGUUGGCUUCUAUGACGGCUCUGUGGCUGUUUAUAACUUGAAGAUGGAGGGAAAGGAGCCUAUUUACAAGAGUACAGCUAAGACUGGCAAGCACACAGCCCCAGUCUGGCAGGUGUGCUGGCAAAAUGAUGACAUGGACAGCAACCAUAAUUUCUAUUCUGUGUCGUCUGAUGGCCGAGUUGUAUCCUGGACACUAGUCAAGAAUGAGCUGGUUUGUACAGAUAUAAUCAGACUGCCAUUGAUUGGUGCUGAAACUGAGGAAACACAACCUGCACAGAUACCCCUUAUUGCUUGUGGGACAUCAAUGGACUUCCAUAAACAGAUUGACUAUCUGUUCCUAGUUGGCACCCAGGAGGGGAAAAUAUACAAGUGCAAGACUUACUCGAGCAAGAUCCUGGAGACCUAUGAUGCCCACCCCAUGAGAGUGGAUACUGUAAAGUGGAACCACUUUCAUCCAAAGGUUUUCAUCUCAUGCAGCUCAGACUGGACCAUCAAGAUCUGGGACUAUACCAUCAACACUCCAAUGCUGAUCUUUGACCUAAAAGAACCUGUUGGAGACGUUGCCUGGUCUCCAUACUCCUCCACUGUAUUUGCUGCUGUGACAACAGAUGGGAAUGUCCAUGUUUUUGACCUCAACAUCAACAAAUACGAGGCUCUCUGCCAGCAGCUAGUGGUGGACAAAAAGAAGACCAAGCUGACUCACAUUGCGUUUAAUCCCAUCCAUCCAAUCAUUAUUGUGGGAGAUGACAGAGGCAAUGUCAACAGCUUCAAACUCUCUCCUAACCUCCGCAAGAAGCCCAAGGGCAAAGAGGGUCCAGAGGUGGAAGCAGCCAAGAUGGAGACGCUCCUCAGUCUACUAAGGAAACCAGAGUAAAGCAUAUAUUUACGGGUCCACCGUGGAUUCUCUGCCCGACACAACAGCAUGGUACAAUCUGGUGUUUUCGUUUAUUGAAGGCGACUUUAUUUGUUCAGUGUAUGCAGUAAAUAACAUCAACAUGACAAGAAAGCAAUUAGUUCAUAUUUAUUAAAAUGCUAUCUCCUGAUUUAACUUGCAUUUGAUACAACAAUGCAUAUUUUGAUGCUUCAGUAUUUUUCUGCAGGAAUUUAUUAAACAUUUCUCCGUA